GGUACUUCCUCCGUCCCACUAUAUUUGUCCACUUUCAUUUUUGCACACCAUCCAAUGCACUUCUUUAAUUCAUUUUAUCUUGUAAUUUGUAUAUUAAAAAAUUAUAGAAAUUAUAUAUUAAUAAUCUAUAUGUUAAGACAAAUCAAACAAGAUCACGCAUGACUAUAUUUUUAAAUAGAGAUGGCAAUUAGUUCUUUUCCAACGCACAUAUUUCUUUAUUUGAAUUGUACCUCCAUCAAAUUCUUAUUUACAUAUCAACAAGAACAUUGCAUUGCGGAGUGGAUCCAAGAAGGAACUAAUGACAAAGGGCAUAUACAGCAUUGCAUUGAGGAAGCGUGAAGGUGGCUUGACAAAUGACAAGGAACGGAGAGUUAGUAUCCGAGUGAUCUACCAUCUUUCUCUCUUCUUCCCGCACGGUUCUUCAUCUUCUCCGGUCAUCCCACCCUCGAUCUCCCCAUGGAGACCUAGAGUCCCAAAAUUAAACAAGCAAUCCCAGAGAAAUCCCCAGCGACUAGUCAACAGAUGGAGCAAGGACUCGAAUUGGAUCGGAUUCGUGGCCGUGAGCGACGACGAGGAGACGCGGCGGAUCGGGCUGAGGGACAUCGCGGUGGCGUGGCGGGGGGACGGUGACGCCGACGGAGUGGUACGAGAACACGCAGAACAAAUUGCAGCCGAUCGGGCACGGAGAUGCCCGAGUGGAGCGGGGAUUCCUCAGCAUCUACACCUCGAAGUGCCCGUCGUCGCCGUACAACAGAUCCAGUGCGUCGGAGCAGGUGAUGCGGGAGCUCCAGGACUUGGUGGAUGUAUCCAGAGAGAAGGGAGAGGAAGUCAGCCUGACAAUCACCGGGCACAGCUUGGGCGGCGCGCUGGCGGCGCUCAACGCCUACGAAGCGGCGGCCACCUUCCCCGGCCUUCUGAUCACCGUCAUAUCCUUCGCCUCCCCCAGAGUCGGCAACAUACCGUUCCGGGACAAGCUCUACCAGGUACUGUAUACCAUCAGAAUACCAGGUGCUGACCAGGAAGUUCCGCAAGUCUGUAGCGUUUCUUAGUGGUAUUUGAGAGGUUUUCAUUCAUUAUGUAUUUGUGUGUUCUUUGAAGAAUUGUAGUGCUUAUUUGAAGUACUUAUUUGCAGAAUUGCAGUGCUUAUUAGAUUAUUUAAUUUUGUCGUCCUUGUUUAAAAAAAAAUUUGCAGUGCUUGAACUCUGUAGUGCUUAUUUUAUUUGUACAUGAUUCAAUAUGGAUGAACAAUAAAGUUGAACAAACAUG